AUGCUGCUGCUGCUACUGCUGCUACUCCAGCUACUGCUGGUCGUACACGGAGCCAGCGCGUCCCCGACCCAGAUCGAUAAGGCCUGUCUCGGCAGCACCGACAGCUCGGCCGUUGCGGCGGCGGCUGCGGCUGUGGCGGCAUGUUUGGAACGCAGGAAAGCGUUAGCGGUGCAGUCCCCAGCGGACGACCUACCCCCCUCGCCGGCGCCGGCGGCGGUGCAGCCGCUGCUGUCACUUCCGCCGCUGCCACUUCCGCCGCUGCCGUCACCCAAGGCCGGUGUGCAGGGUCCCUCUGGCGAGCCUGGGGCAUCGGGCUUUAAGAGCGCGCUGUGGGCGGUGCUGGCGGUGGCUGGUGUGCUGCUGGUGGCGCUGGCGGUGGUGCUGUACAAGUACCGGCGGCUGCAGCGGCGGCACAUCCAGGAGCGCGGCGCACAGCGCGCACCCGGAGUGGGCCCUAUGACGACGCUGCUGAUAACGGACAUUGCCAACUCGACCGGGUUGUGGGAGUCGCUUCCGGAGGAGGUCAUGGACCAGGCGCUCAAGUUACACCACGCAUGUCUUCGCGCAUUGCUGCAGCGUUUCAAUGGGUACGAGAGUGCGACGGAGGGUGACUCCUUCAUCCUGGCCUUCCAUUACCCGGCAGACGCCGCCAAGUUCGCCCUGAGCGCCCAGUUCCAGUUAAUGGACGUCAUGUGGCCGGCGGAGGUGCUGGCGCACCCUGAUGGCCAGGAAGUCUGGGUGGUCCCUCGUUCAGCGGAGCUGGCGAACGCGGGUUCCCUGCAUUCCAUCUACAACACCAUGAGCUCCUCACUGCAUGCGGAGUUUGGCGGCGGUGGCGGCGGCGGCGGCGGCUCCAUGUCCGUACAGCGCAGCUCAGCGGGGAGGAUGAUCUCCGCUGCUGCCACCGCCGCCGCCAGCGGCGCCAUUCAGCGCUCUAGCGAUAUAGGUUUCAGCGGCUACGGUGAUGGCGGCGGCGGUGGCGGCGGCUUCCUUCGCGCCAGCUGGACCGGCCGCGCGAAGUCUGUCAAGGUUCUGGUGCCUGCGGGCCCUCACUCCGCUGGGGUCGCAACGCCCGGAGCGGUGAGGUCAGCGGAGGUGGAGCGGCUGUCGGCUUCGGAGGUGGACACGGAGGACCUGACGUACGGCGGGGACGGCCGUACAGGCUCCGGCCUGCUGCGUUCCUUCACCUCCCGUAUGAGCACCAUGUUGGGUCUGGUGCCUGCGUCCGGAGGUGGCGGAGGCGGUGCUGGCGGCGGCCGGCCGUCGUCGCGGAUGGGCCGCUUCCUGCGCAUCAGCGCCGCCAGCGUCGCCGUGAAGAGUCCGGAGGAUUACCGUCCCCAGUCACUGCAGGGCUUUAGCGACCGACAGGUAAUGCCUCGAUUGCCCGCCAGCGCUUCGCACCGCCGGCGCGCACCUGGAGCCGUCGGCGGCGACGGCGCCAGCGUCGACACUGGGCGUGCAGAUCUACCCCCGGAUGUGAUGCGAUCCAAGUCCUUUGGCGGGAGGAUACUGGCGGGCGGUGUCCUGCCGACGCCGCGGCUUGGCUCAGCGGCAGUAGCCGGGGCUCGCAGCGGCAGUAGCCACAGCGCCGGCGCUGCCGGGGCCCUGCCGCUGACGACGUCGACCCCCACCGGCAGCUUUACUAGCGGUGCCCGGUCACUGUUGCGCCAGGCGCUCAGCUUUAAUUGGCGGCAGGGCAGCUUUCACAGCCGGUCGCGUGCGGCGGCGGCGGCGGUGUCCGUGUCAGCUGCUGCCGCCGCUGGCAACGCGGCGCCGGGCGUGACUACUGCCACCACCGCCACCAAUACAACAACCUGCUCUGCAGCGUUGCCCCCGUCGUCGCCAGCGUCACCCAUCGGGUCUAGGUGUACGGGGUCGUACAGCCACCUGCCGCGGAUCGAGGACCCGGCGGCGGCAGCGGCGGAGGCGGGGUUCCCCGAGGGCGCCGCGAGACGCAUCACAGCGGAGGGCGGAGGGCCACUGUCGAGUCGGGAGGGGAGCGCUGGCUCCGUAACCACCGGCGCCGGCGGCGUCAGCACCGGCAGUAGCAGCAAGGGCGGCGGCCUGUUCCGAAAUGGCUUACUGCGGCUUGGCCGCGGCAGCGGCGCCGUCAACCGCUCGACGCUAUCCCCCAGCGGUACCUUGCGGACAGCCAAAGGCGGCCUUGUCGCCACCAGCGGGCCCACGGCGCUGGCGCUGGCGAUGUCGUCAGACGGCCGGCUCCGGGGAGCAGCAGCCCGUGGGAGCAGCAGCGGCGGCGGCGCACCGUCUCAUUCUACGGCAGCUGCCAGUAGCCAAGGUGCGUCGCAGAGUACCGCCGCGCGGAGUUCCCCCACCGCCGCGACUGGGGGCCACCAGCGAAACCGUAGGUCCCGCACUCACGGCCUGUACGGCGACGUCGUCGCUGGCGUCGGUUACGGCCGCGGCGGCGCGGUUCAGCCACGCCUGCCGUCGUCGUACGACGGGACGUUUCGCGGCAGUGCCGUGAAACGUUUUGCCGCUGCUGCUGAGGCAGCGGCGACGGCAGCAGGUACGAUGACGGACGGCAGCGCCGGCGGUGUUUCCGCCAGCCAGGCGGCAGCUUUCACUACGGCGUACGAGUCGGAAAUUACGACGGGGGCUAUGUUCGCUUCUAUCGUAGCUGCCGGCAGCAGCAAUGCCUCAGCAGCCAUGGUGAUGGACGUUUUGGAGGCGGCUUCGGCCGCCGGCGACAGCGGCACGCAACACGCGGAGGUGCACAGGCCGCCGGCGCCGCGGGUGCCCCAGUUCCGGUCUGCCCUGCUACUCGAAGACGGGCGGGGUGACGGCAGAGGGCCGUCAAUGACCACCAUCCAACAGGCGUACCUCAGAAGAUCCAGCGCGCCGCCAAACAUUUGCAGAGGUACGGCAACGGUGGGGACAGCGACGGCGGCGGCGGAUAUGCCUGAGUCGCCGCCGCCGCCGUUGGCUCUGCCGGCCGCUGCGGAGGCUUACGGGGCCGCCGGUGGCGGCGGGACUAGCAACAUGACGGCGGCAAAUGCAAAUGCCGCUGCCGGCGUGGACGAGCCCGCUGCCGGCGGCGGCAUGAGUCGUUCCGGCGGCGGGAGCAGCGACGGCGGCGGUGAUCGCGGCGCCACGUCAGGAGCCUCAUCGAGGCAAAGGCUACGGGAGAUGCUGUGUAGACGGCCCGCCGGCGGAGCUGACGGGACGCCGUCCCUGGAGCGGCCGUCACCGGUGAUGACGCACAACCAGCUGUACGGCACCGAUGCCGAUUCCGAUACACAUGUACGACUGAACAGCAGCAGCUUGCCCGUGUCGAACAGCAUUAAGCUAUUGUUGGAGGACGUUCAAUUACUGGAAACGUGUGGUGCCGUAAUGAAGACCGGUAGGCCAGCGGAACCGGGUAUGCUGUCGGCGGCAACGGCGGAGGAGGAUGUCGCCGCUGCGGCUGACGCUGGCGGCGCCGCCUCUGCGGCUGACGCGACGGCGGCAGCCCCAGCUGCAGCAGCCGUGGAGGAGGUUGAAGCAACGGCCGUUGGCUCCAGCCCCCUACGGAUCUCGCUUGAAAAUGUUGGUACGGCAAGUUGUCGCGACGGUCCGGAUACAACCAGCGGUACGAUAGCCGCUGGGAGCGAGUCGAUGGGCAUCAGCAGCAGCUGCGGCGUCGCCGUCGGCGGCCCGCGCAGUUUCAGUUUGAUGCAAUCUCGCGCCGCAGGAUCAUCGCCGCGUGUCAUCUCACCGACCAGCGGAGGUGCUGGCGGCGCCAGCGGCGGUAGCGGCGGCAGCGGCGGCGGCGCGUCCCUCUCCGCUGCGCUGGCUCGCCUCAUGCGCGCGCGCGGCCGCGACGUGCGCGUGUACAGCAGCUCUGCCGUACGGUCUGGUGGGCCCGAUGGCGACAACAACAGCAGCUGCGGCGGGUCUCGCGGCGGGUCCUUGGCCCCGAUUCAAGAGCCCAAUGCCACCGCCAAGCACCCCCAUUCCCAGCGACCUUUCCCGACACUGUACCGCCGACACAUACGCGCGUCCAGCGGCGGUAUUUUUGAGGAUUCGGCGCCUCUCCCUCAAGCUGCAACCCUAGCUGCGGACGGCGAAAGCGCCGCUGGCGGCAGCGCCAGCGCCGGUCAGCUUUCCGUUAUCGGCAUCGGCAGCGGCGGCGGCGGCAUCGGCAGCUGCAGCCGCGGGUUUGGCGGCGGCGCCGCGAUGUCACCCGCCACCGGGCAGUCGCCGUCGGCCAGCCGUACAGGCUCCAUGACCGUUGGCUCCGUAUCGCAGACGCUAGCGCGCGGCUGGUCCCGUGCUAACGGACUCGUACGGCAGCUCACCCGUGACCGCAGCGUUAGCCGAGCGGCGCGUCGCAGCGCGACAGGGAACUUGUCCUUGGACAUGUCCCUACACGGCGGCGGCGGCGGCGGCGGCGGUUCCGGCGCCGCCAGCGGCCUGAUGGUUGCCGCCGCCAACGCCUUCUUGGUCGCUAGUGACGUGGAUGCCGACAGCGGCGCGGAGCUGUCGGCGAUCGGCAUCCUGGCUGACGGCCUGCGAUCUCGCGCGGCCGGGGCCAGUGCGAGCGGUGCCGUAUCCAAGCUACACGCGGUCCUCAUGCCCACCGCCACCGGCAGCGCCGGCGCUGGAAGCGGCGAUGAAGCUCCAGGCUCAGGGGGGGAGGUAGAGGCUGUGGGCAGAGGGCGUCACUGCCUGAGUGCACGUAUGGUGACCAUCGACUUGGGCGCCGCGCUGGCGGCAGUCACAGACGAGGAAACGGGCGCGGCGCCGCCAUCGGCGUCCACCUCCGCCAGGCUGGCGGAUCCGCCCGGGCCGCUGCCGCCGCCGCCGCCGCCGCGUUCGGGUCCCCGGUCCGCUAGUCGGCUCAGCGCCUCGCAGCUGUUUGCAAUGGCUGGCGGCGGCGGCGGUAACGGCCGCGGCGGCGGCGGUGGCGGCGGCGGCCCCGCCAGCGCACCUCCGCUGGUGCUGCCGAUGCCGCUCUCUUCCGGACCUGCCAGUCGGCGUAUUUCCUUUCUCGGCUUGGGACUGGGUCCGCGUAGUCGUACUGCGGAGCGGAGGUCCAGCGCCACAGAGGAGUGGCAGGGCAGCCAAGGUGAGGCCAGCGGAGCCUGGGCGGCAGUGGUGGGCUCCCGCGCGAGUGCUGGGGUCGGGGCUGGUGGCGGGGGGGCGCACUCGCAGCCCCUCUCAGCGCUGGUGGUGGAGUGCCGGUCUUGGAAGGAGCGGUGCCGGGAGGAGUGGCCGCUGGCAAUGAGACCGGCACCCCCGGCGAGGUGCGCGUACAGAGGCCUCCGUGUGCGGAUGGGACUACACACGGGCAUCACCACCGCAUCCGACGUCACCUUCAACCCCACAACCUCCCACAUGGCGUACGGCGGUACGGCAAUGAAGGUAGCCAAGGCGGUUGGUGACGCGGCUGCUGGGGGCAUGAUCCUCAUGUCUCAGCCCACCUUUCAGGCGCUCGUCCCAGUGAUGCUGGAACUGCCUGGGUCGCCACAGGCGGUAUUCAGCGGGGAAUCAGAUCUGGAUCUGGGCACCGACUCCGCCCACUACUGCCUCUACCAGCUAGUCCACCGGGAGCUGCUGGGCACGGAGGACGCCCCCACAGGGGCCUGCGCCAUCUCCUUCAUGCACGUGGCGUCGGCAAGCAUGCUGGUGGCGGAGUUGGGCCAACCCGGAGUGGAGGCCCUCCAGCAGUUCAAGUCCAUCGCCACGGGGCUCUGCAGCCGCUGCGGCGGCUACGUGGUUGAGGCAUCUGAAGGUCUUUGUCUGGCGGCCUUCCGCCACGCCGCCGCGGCGCUCGUGUGGGCGCUGGCGUCCCGGGAGGCGCUGGCGACACACCCCUGGUCAGCGGAGGUGAAUGCGGCGACGGGCAGGAUGACGUACCGCGGCAAGGUCAUGAACCGCACCUCGAGGAUAGCGCACAAGGCGACUUCGGAGCAGAUCUUGUGUUCUAAAGAUGCUUGGGACGCGGUGGAGGCCUCCCUGCAGCGAAUGGUGGACGAGAUUCACGAAGAGCAGCGGCGGGAGCAGGAAGCGAUGAGGGAGGCCGCCGCCGCCGCGCAGCGCGCGGCCGCCACCACGUCAUCCACGGUGGAGGCUGACGGCGACGACGGCUACGGCGACGUUGAUAUGGUUUCGGAGCUUGGGACCGGCGGCGGCGGCGGCCCCGGCAGCGCCACCAACUCCCUGCGUGCCAUGUCUCCCGUCGCGACCCCAAGUUCCCGACGGCUGCCCAGUGGGGGAGGCGGCGGGGGUGGCGGCUCCAAACACACGUCGCCGGCGUCGGCGGGUCGUGGUGCUGGCGGCGGCGGCGGGGGUGGGAAGCAGGCCAAUGCCGGCCGCCGCAGCGGCGGCAGCGGCGGCUCCAAGCCGGGGUCUGCGCCGUCAUCGGCACGUAGCGACAUGUCGCAGAUCACGGCGGCGGGGGCAUCGACCAGCGGCGCUGCCGCCGCCGCCGCCGCCGCGGGCCGCAUUCCAUCGAUUACUGUGCACGCUGUCAGCGGAGGUGGCGGCAGCGGCAUAGCAGGAACCCGCGGGAGUAGCGCGCCCUCCGCUACGGGCAUCCUUGCAGCGGCGGCGGCAGCCGCAGCGGCGCGGUCGCCUUCACUGCCGUCACCUCAUCAGCCAUUGUUGCGCAUAGGCUCCUUCCCCCUGGCCAUGCCGCUAGCGUCGGGCCUCGCCCACAGUCCUUCCAUGGUCGCCGUCGGCGGCAGCGGAACCCCCGUCGGCUUCGCCUCAUCAGGAGCUCCACUCACCAUCGCCGCCAGUACGACACCAAACCUGCAUCUCGCGUUGCGUUCGACAGCAUCGGAGGUAGCGGCUUCAAGAGCCGCUCGGGACAGCAGCGGCGACGGCGAAGCCGCCACCGCCGCCGCCGCCGCCGCCGCCACCCCUGCUUCCCCGGGCCUAGUUGGCUCGGGCAGCGGCGGCGGCGACGACGGCCACGUCUCAGUGCCAGCGCCGCCGCCACCCUCCGUGCGAUGGCAGGCGCUGAGUCGUCUUGUUGGUCCGAAGGUGCCGCUACCGCCGGCCAAAAGUCUGAAGGGCGUCCGCGAAGAGAUGAAGCUGUUCGAGGUGUUUUGGGGGGACGAGGAGCAGCAGCGCUCGCCAGCCAGCAACGCCGGAGGCGUCGGCGUCGGCGUCGGCGUCAGCAGCGACCAAGAAUGCGGCCGCAGGAGUGACGGCGGCGGCGGCAAUGGCGAUUCUCAGCGCCACGCCCGCGCUGACGUAACGAGCCGCGGCAGUGGCCUGGGGGUUGCAACAAACGCCGUGGAGGCGGCGGCGGCGGCGCAACAGCAGCAGCAGCAGCCAGGCGCGGUCGUGAGGGAUGGCCUGGCAGGUGUGGCGGCGGCGGCGGCGGAGAGAGGGGAUACCUGGCUGGCAGGGGCGCGCGGCUACCUGCCAAAGCUGCCCGCAGUGGGGACUGGGUCGUCGCCGUUCACGAGUACAGCAGGCGCCGCCGUCGCCGCCGUUGCCGCCGCCGCCGCAGCUUCCGCGUCAUCGGCGUCGUCAGCAUUGCCGCUGGCGGCCCAGCCGGUGAUGCUUUCCUCCGCCACCCUCUGGCGCACUCGCAGCGGCAAAUUGGAUUGGCCUGUCACGGAUACGGCAGGCUCAGUGUACGACGACGACCUUUCAACUGGCGGCGCGUUUCAUCCGGCAGACACACCGGAUGCGCUGGCGUAUGGGUCGGCGUUGGGCCCGGAGGCGACCUUCAAAGACGCUACCGCCGCCGCCGCCGCCGGCGCGGCAGCGCCGAACAACGACGGUGGCGGCGGCGGCGGCGGCGGCGGCAGUCCUCAGACCAGAAUCCGCCAGUACGGCGGAUUGUUUCCUUCAGUAGGAAACACCGUCACGGAGCUGAUUUCGGUACAGGAACGGGGGCCAGGCAGCGCUGAUGCGGGCGGCAGCGGAGGCGGCGGUGGCGGCGGCGGUGGCAGCCGCUAUCGUGCCACGUCUGCCGGCGGCGGCGGUGGCGGCGGCGGUGGCUGGUUGCAGCCGCGGCAGUCACUGCCGUUUCCGCCGCCGUCGGGACACCACCAGCAUCAGCAUCAAUGGGACCCAAAGCGAGUGGCCUCCGGCCCCGAUGGAGUGGGAGAACCAGCGACGCCGUGCGGAACGUCUGUUCCGUGGUCGGUGCCCGUACCCGUCCUGUUUGGUGUGGGAGAGCGGCCCUCCUCCGCUGUCGCCCAGGCGCGAACUUCCCUCUCCGCCUCACCUGCGGGCCCUCUGGCGCCACCCCGCGCCUCACAGCUACAGCUGCCACAGCUACACCCAAAAUCCCAACCCCGACCGUACCUAGGAAACGAGGCUUUGGUUGGCACCAGCGGCGCUGCCAACAAGUCCCCGUGCUACAGCCCAAGCGCCUCCGCCAGCCCCAGUCCGCCUGGCAGGUGCGGCGGUGCCGCCAGCGGCGCCGCCGGCGGUGGCGUCGGCGGGGACGUCAGCACAGGCAGUAGCAGCGGCAUACACCGGCGGCGGCACCCGUCGGGGACUAUGGCCGUUACGUUCGCUGAACAUGCCAUACAGGAGCCCGCCAAAGCGCAACCACAUAGCCCCGUCGUUGGUUACCGCCACUCAGCCUUCACCGCGAGCCAGGCCACACGUACGACACACUGCGCCUCCCGACGAGCCGGAGCAUCCACGGGUCACCUGGAAGCCGCCGCCGGCGGGGGAAUGGCGGCUCUGGCGGCGGUGCAGCAGCCGCCUCCGCCGGCGGAAGCGGCCGCUGCGCAGCAGCGGCAGGUUUCCGCGACGACGCCUGUACGGGUGCUGCAGCCGUCGCCGCUGGCGCCGUCGCUAGAGCCUGUGCCGCUACCUGACCUGCCGCCGAUCCACACGCACCGGCGCAUGCAGCCCCCGCCGGUCUGGAUGGUCGACGGCGCGGUCGCUGCAGCUGCCGCGGACAUGAGCGAUAUGUACGGCCCACGUCGCCCAGUGCCUUCCGCUGCGGUUGAGGAGAUUGCGGAGGAGGAGGCCUCUCCAGGGGAGGCGCUCAGUGCUGCGGCGGCGGUCAAGUCGGAGUGCGGCCGCGGAAGGCGCUACGAGCAGCGCCCGGGACCUUUGCGCCACGAUGGAGGCAGCAGUGACGACGGCGACGCUGCCGCUGUGGCGGAAAAGCCCACGCCAGUGAUUGUGGCGGCGGCGGCGCUGGCGGCCACCGCCUACACUGACGACCACGAUGAAAAUCGAGGAGCAGGACGAAAAGGACAUGUCCCGCAACCUCAGGCCGGAAAGUGCCAUAGCUUGGAAGCAGUGACAAAGUGCCGCAACAAAGAGAGAGGCUAA